AGUAGCUGUUCAGACUCCUCCUCUGUUGGCAGUCAGAAGGAGGGGGAAUCCCCAGCGUCUGGGAGGGGACACACACAGAGCACUAAAGGAGGCCCCCUCUGCCAAGAAACAGAAGCAUGGCAUAGCAUCACACAUACUACUGAGAAUGGAUUCUCCUCCUGAGUGUGUGUUGGCUCUGUCCUGUGAGCCGCCCCAGUCACCCCCUACACUACCAUCUCUGGACCACAGUCCCCUGGCCUCCCUUCACUCUUGCUCCCAACUCUCCCCUUUACACAGCCUCCUGGACCUGCCUGUCCCCCUCAGUCCCACAGCCCUGUCCCACACCCCGACCUCCGACACCCCAGACACCACCCCCUACUCCCCCCUCUCCCCCUUCCCCCUCAAUCACCACAAUGAAGAAGAGGAUGAAGAGAGGCUGUCAGUCCCUCUGUCCCCCACCCCAGCCAUUGCUCUCUUCCCAGGGGGUCUUCGGGAGGUGUGUAGCCCCUCUCUGGAGAGCUCUCCUCCGGCCACUCCGACAUCGUCAGCCCCUCUCUCAGGGUUCGGGGCCCUGGAGCUGGCUCUGUCCUCCGGGCAGCCAGGUGCCACCUGUAGUGAUGAGCUGGACCUCCAGCUCUUCCAUAAGGACGGGGGUCUGUCAGGAUCGAUUCCUGGGGUGGUGGGUGUUUCUGGGGGUGUGGCCGGGCUCAAGUUCCCCUGCUUGGUGUGUGGGAAGAAGUUCCGCUUUCAGAGUAUCCUGUCGCUCCACGCCCGCGCUCACAGUCUAGACAGGGACCGCCGCGCCUCAGCUCUGUACCGGACCGGUACCGCGUCCGGUAGCAUCAUUGGGACGGGAUCCAAGACACAGCUCAAGACCCACCAGAACGACAAGGAUGUUGGGCAGAACCACUACAUCCACCGCCAGAGCCCCCCGCUGUCUAGAUCUCUCACCCAGGGCCAUAGAGGGGAGGACAGGGACAGGGAAGCCCUAGAGGAGGCUCUCCAGAUGGAUCACCAGAUCCUCCAGCAGUUCCUGAUGGACGACAGCACACAGCUGACCCCUCUGCUGACCGAGGAGGUGCCCCUCUCUCUCUCCCUCACCUCUCCCUACUCCUCCUGCGGCCUGGGUGGUGUGGGUCCCACCAUCUUGGAAAAAGCUACCGCCGUCACAGCGGCAGCGCCCGCGUUCCGCUGCCAUGCCUGCAAAGGUAAAUUCCGCACCGCCUCGGAGCUGUCUCGCCACGUCCGGAUCCUCCACAACCCAUACAAGUGCACCCUGUGUCCCUUCUCUGCCAGCCAGGAAGAGCGCCUGGCCGCACACCUCCAGGACUGCCACCCCUCCCUGUCCUCCCUGUCCCUCUCCCCACCUGUGGACCUCCCCACCCUGCCCCCCUACACCCCCAGACACAUCCCUAUUGUAACCACCACUACCAUCAUCGCCACCCCCAUUCCAGACGCACCCCUGCCCACCCCCACUAUCACCCCAACCACAGCCCCGGCCCCAGGGGCAUCCCCUCUGCCUGCCUUCUGCUGUGAGACAUGCGGCCAGCGCUUUACCCAGUCCUGGUUCCUGAAGGGCCACAUGAGGAAGCACAAGGACUCUCUGGACCACAAGUGUCAGGUGUGCGGCCGUGGCUUCAAGGAGCCCUGGUUCCUCAAGAACCACAUGAAGGUGCACCUCAACAAGUUGGGCCUGAAGGCCGGUCUGGUGGGGCAAGUGGCCCCUGGCGCCGGGGCUGAACAAGGAGGGCCCAAAGGCUCAGUCACCAACCAGGGCCUCAACGCUCUCUACUCCAGCCUCCUGCUGGCUCGUGGUGGGGGUGGUGGUGGAGGGGGGAGAGGCGGACGAGGAAGGGGCGACAGGGACGGCGCCGGAGUCUCUAGUAAAUCUGCCAUCUUAGGCUACCUGGGGUUGCCUAGCGACGGCGGCGCCAGCUGCAUGGAACGACUCCAGGCAGUGGCUCAGGUUGCGGAGAUGGGGAACGGUAACGGGGGAGGAGGAGGAAGAGAGACAACAAAUGGAGGAGACCAGAUAGCCAUGUGGCAGUUUGUAGCUCGUAGCCUGGUAGCAGCUCAACAGGCCCAGCAGCAGCAGCACCGAGCCACAUCCAGGAGCACCGUGGUGGGGGAAUCUGAGCAAGUCAGGGCCUACCUUGGAGGUCUGGAUCCCCGGGAGGAGCCGUCGUCUUCCGGAGCCCCAUGGGAGUGCCCCGACUGUGGGAAGCUGUUCCGGAGCCUGCAGCAGGUGGUGGCGCACGCCCGCGUCCACGUCCAGCGGCCCCAGAAGAGCCACGGUCACCCCCCGCGCCACCCCGGGGGAGGAGAGGAGGAUGGAGGGGGGAGCCGGGUUGCAGAAGGACGAGGAGGAGGGAGAGGAAGUAGUACUGAAAGAAGACAGGAGUCCAAACUUCAAAGCGGAUCUCAGCAUCAGCAUCAACAAGCAGUAGUCGGAGGGUUCCACUCAGUGAUGUCACAGUUCCAAGGAGAGAAUGGUCUGUCUGGCUCUUCGUCAGGCUCUUCGGUGAGCUCUAGGGAGCGUGUGCGAGGCACGGGGGUGAAAGACUGCCCCUAUUGCAGUAAAGCUUUCCGCUCUUCCCAUCACCUUAAAGUGCAUCUGAGAGUUCACACAGGGGAGAGACCGUAUAAAUGUCCCCACUGUGACUACGCUGGCACCCAGUCAGGCUCUCUAAAGUACCACCUCCAGAGGCACCACAGAGAACAGAGGAACACCAUGGGAGCCUCUUCAUCCACCGCCUCCUCACCAGGCCUCACCACCGCCUCCCUGGGCAGAGGAGGAGCUCCACAGGGGGAGGGGAGGGAGGGGAUGGCCAAGCAGCGCCGGCCCCAGAGCCUCAACCACAGCUCGGCCACCAGAGGCCCAGAGGAGACUCCUUCCUCCAGGCACAAUCAGCACCAGCCCUGGAUACUGGGCCUCCCCGAGCAGAGAGACAGGGAACACGCGAAGGCCAUGGCGGGACUGAGAGAGGCAGAUCUGGAGAGCCAGUACCGGUAUCUGUCCGGGGUGAUGGGGGCUUUGUACCAGGGAGGGAUGGAGGGAGGGUGGACGGGGGAGUCACCAACCUCCACCCCCACCCCAACCCCACCAAAGGCGCCCAAAGUGUCCCGCCGCAAACCGCUCACCACCAGCCGUAUGGUGCCAGCUAAUGGGAGGGAGCGGAAGGGAGGGGGGUCAGCUCCUCGGGGUUCCCAGGAGGGAGGGUUGUUGUCCCAGCCCCUGGACCUCUCCCGCCGCCCCUCCCCUGGGCUCGGAGGUCUGGAGGAGGAUGGAGUACCAGGAGGAGGUGGAGGAGCAGGGGAUACCCUCAACCAGUGCCUGUUCUGUCCCUUCCGCACCUCCUCGGCCGAGCUCAUGGCCAUGCACCUCCAGGUCAACCACACCAGCAAGUCCAGGCGUAAGAGGAGGGCCCCCAUCCCCACCGCCCUGGGUGACCACGGGCCUCAGAGGCCUCCCCAACCCCGGGCCGACCCCAACCCCCUGGCCCUGUGGAGGUAUCUGAGCGAGGCUGAAGACCGGGCCCCCCUGGAAGAGUGGGCCUCAUCCAGGAUGGAGAGGGGGAGGGGGACGGAGAACGGCCUCACACCAGAGGAAGGGGACCUCGAGGGUCGCUACGACCACCACCACCCCGAGGCUUCUAACCGGGCCUCCACCACAAUCAGGACAAAACAGAGUGGCCUCGCCGGUAGUAGGAAGUUGGAUGAGGAAGAGGAGGAAGAAGAGGAGGAAGAAGAAGAGGAUUUGGAAGGGGAGAGCAUUAGUCCUGGGGAUUCUCCUAGAGAGCAUGGGAUGAGGAUGUCUCUCACCAUGUCACCUUCCCUCGGCUCUGACCGUCUAACCAGAGGGGAGGAAGGAGUGAUGGGGGACUAAACAACAACAACAAUGUCAUCCUGCAGAGUGAAGGGAAAAAGCGGUUCAACUAGACAUGAAGGAAGUUGUUUGGGGGUCAUAGGUUGGAUGUCAAGUUCAUAUCACCUCUUUUAUAUAGUUCAAGGUCACGACCCCUGACCCUUGACUUUCAAGGGCCACGGACUGAGGACCAUGUCCAUGGAGAGGGUCAUGUAAACAACAGCUCACACACCUCUUUAGGAACCCCUUUUAAACAUCCUCCAUUUUUAUCUCUCUUCUUUUAAUAUUUACAUCCCGGGAGUUCAGUGCAGUCCUCUCCAUUUUCCCAACCAACCAAAACCCCCCUUGUACAAACACACAGUACAGUGUAGGACUUUUGAGGCCUUCUCUUCUAUAUUUCAACGGUACCUGUUUUCCAUUCCAUCUCCUACCAAGAGGGCUAAUUGUGAUGAUUUGAUCAAGAUUGUCCUCUUGCUGCUGUGAGUCUUAAUAUUAGUAUGUGAGCAAAAAGAAACUGUGACCUCCUACUAUUCCAGAGAACACAAAAAGGAUUUUAUCAGACCUUAUACUUCAUGUUUCGAGAAUAAUAAUACUUAUAAGAGUAACGUUGUUGAUUAGUUAUACAACCCACCGCUGUGAAUGGAGGAAAUCUUUAGCAGAACAAGUGUCAAAAUAAGCCAAACUUCAUCACAACUGCCGUUUAAAUAAGAUACCACUUCUUGACACUUUCAAGGUCAUAUUAUGGUCUGUUCAAUAGCACCGACUCGGAACCGCGGUUCAACCCGGAACCAUUCAAGCUGUCAACUCAAGCUAAGCUAUCCAGCUGUCUGCAACAACAACAAAAAACACAACAGGAGCAACUUUUUAACAGACAACUAUUGACAUGACAAUGAUCAAGGACAAGAUGAUCCUCUGCCUCUCAUUGGUCGGAUGGCUGUUCCAAGGUCACCACGGGAACAGAGGAGCAGUUUGUCAUUUCCUGUUUUCCCCUCAGUUUAGUGCCUGUCAAUGUAUGGUAUGUCGUCAAGGGAGAUCUACAGUAUAGACCAGUGUUUCUGGGCUCUUAUAGAACAAUGAUAUCUGAGUAUACAGUAUAAAGCUAAAGUAUAUAUGUUUAAAAAAUGGUUCUAGGGUAUUGUGAAUAGAAAGCUGUAGUGGUAUACAAAGUGGUGUGGAUCUGUCUCUCGUUACAAGAGACCGAUAGCAUCUCUCUGUGGCUUCUGUGAAAAGAAAAAGAUAAAGCACUUAGUUGAUGAUGAUGAAACAAUAGAUAUACAUAUGAAUCAAAAGAGAUCAAGGCGAAAGGUCAAGAAGUGAAAAUGUAGGUGAAAGGUCAGAGGUCAGUGUUUACAGCAGAAAUGCCAGCAUGUUCAGAGUCGGACGUGGGAUAGCGGUUAUUUCUUACGUUGUCGUGGUGACCAACUGACAACUGAACAAACAGAAGACUGUUUUGGGGGACACGGCACCGACAGACAGACUGUGCAUCCCGAACACAAUCAGCUGACACGUCUGGUCAGGUGACCAAGGCUCCACGACCGUGUCACACUCUUUCAUUUCAUUCCUUUUACCAGAAAAAUUUUAAAAAACAAGGGGGAGGAAAAAUGGAGAGAAAAGAGUAAGUUCCCUCACAGAGCGGGGGACCGAAGCUGAGAAAGGAAAUUGUUGUACUCUUGGGGUACGCCGUCUUUUAGAUGACUAGAUUCAUUUCUUUUUAAGAGAAGAAGAAGAACAGUAGAAAAGAGUAAGCAUUAAAAAAAACUAACAAAUCCAUAGAUACAUUCCGGUAGAAUGUGUGUGUAGCUUUUGUAAAGACAAGAAGAUAAGAAAAAAAUCCCUUUGUUUAUUUUCAUUUCAAGAAGAGAAGCUUACAGAGAAGGUUAUGAAUAUAGGUAAUAAUAAUAAAUAUAAGGCUUGUUGUUGUGAGGAAAACACUAGUUGGAAUGUCUGUCUAUCAGGGUUAGGGUCAAUUCCAUUUCAAUUCCAGUCAAUUCAGAAAGUCAACCCGAUUCCAAUUCCAAAUUUUCCCCAUUGAAGAGAAUUGGAAUUUCAGUUUACUUCCUGAAUUGACUGGAAUUUAAAUGGAAUUGACCCCAACCCUGCUGUCUAUAAAGAGCACUGUGCAAGGUUUAUCAUUUCCCAAAGUAGUCAUUUUAUUUUGACUUUAUCAAUAGACCAAACCUAUAUCUUAUGAAAAAGGAAUGAGUCACAUUCUGUUGGAGGUAACAGCUGCCGUUUCCAUCCCCUCGCCCGAUAAAUCAAUCAAUCAAUCAAUAAUCAAAUCAAUCAAUAAUCCAAUCAAAACUUUAUUGUCAUGUUAUUAUUAAGUGCUUGUAUGAGAUUCAAGUUGACAUCACAAAAUAUAAUUUGAUAUCAAAAUAUGAACCUAUACCUAGUAUCACAUACCAUGGCCAUGGUAUUGUCUUAGAGCAUCAUACCACACACAGUUCUGCACACAGUGAACAUGCAAAUAUAAAAAAUCCCUACUCAUGAUUGUAAACAUCACUAAACUAUUUGAUUGGAUAAGUCCUGCCUUCUCGCCCUCUUUGCCCAUUGGUUGACGGCGAGAGCCUGGGAUCGGAACCGCAGCCUUACUUUUGGUUUACGUGUUUUACUUCUAUCCUCAUUAGAGCGCCUUAUAUGAGUUUAGAAGUUCCCUAAGUGGUGUUUCCUUAAAGACAGGCUACAUCCAUAACUGCAUUCUAUUCCCUAUAUAGUCCAUUACUUUUGACCAGGACCAUUGAGCCCCGGUCAAAACUAGUGCUAUGAACCCUGAUCGAAAGUAGUGUACUAUUUAGGGAAUAGAGUGCCCGUUUGGAUGUAGACUGUAGUGUCAAAGCCACCGUGCCUUCUGUGUCAAGCACUUCCUGGAUUUGGUAUUUUGUAAGCUCACCAAAAGCACUUAGCCCACAUCUGUCUCUCUUUUCUCUCUCUCUCUCUCUCUCUCUCUCUCUCUCUCUCUCUCUCUCUCUCAUCCUCUCUCUCUCUCAUCCUCUCUCUCUCUCUCUCUCUCUCUCAUCCUCUCUCUCUCUCUUUAUCUCUUUCUCUCUCUCUCUCUCUUUAUCUCUUUCUCUCUCUCUCUCUCUCUCUCUCUCAUCCUCUUUCUCUCUCUCUCAUCCUCUCUCUCUCUCUCUCUCUCUCUCUCUCUCUCUCUCUCUCUCUCUCAUCCUCUCUCUCUCCUCUCUCUCUCUCUCUCUCAUCCUCUCUCUCUCUCAUCCUCUUUCUCUCUCUCUCUCUCUCUCUCUCUCUCUCUCUCUCUCUCUCUCUCAUCCUCUCUCUCUCAUCCUCUUUCUCUCUCUUUCUCUCUCUCUCAUCCUCUUUGUGACCUCCAAUUUUGUUCUGUCUACUCCCUCCCCCUUUCAAUCCCUUUAUCCUUUCAUGUCUGUGUGCAUGUCUCUCUCUCUUCUCUACCUCCCUUCCGUACCCUCUCUCUCUCUUCUUCCUCUCUUCUGUAACCUGUCACUCUCUCUCUCUCUUCUCUACCUCCCUUCCGUACCCUCUCUCUCUCUUCUUCCUCUCUUCUGUAACCUGUCACUCUCUCUCUCUCUUCUCUACCUCCCUUCCGUACCCUCUCUCUCUCUUCUUCCUCUCUUCCGUAACCUGUCACCCUCUCUCUCUCUUCUUCCUCUCUUCUGUAACCUGUCACUCUCUCUCUGUGGCACCAUUAGAAGGUGAUGAUGUGUACUAUCUGGUAUUGAGGCCUUUUAUUCUUAGAUUUGUAUUGUCAGUUUGUGUGAUGUUCGUACGUUUGUUUGACAUUUGAUGCCUGAUGAGAUGGAGUAACAUGAUGAGAUGGAGUCUUCUUCUUAUAAUUAUUAUUAUUAUUGGUUUGGCAUUAUUAUGGAGAAGAAAGAAAGAAAAAAAGAAAAAAAUGUGUUGUUUAAUGUUGUACAGAACAUUAUAGCACUAGAGAUGUUGUGUUUUUAAAAAGAGAGCAUAAACCCAAGUGCUUGUCCCGCCCACUCCUCCCUCCCAUUGGCAGAUAGGACAAGUGCCCUGCCAACGAUAGGAGAAGUGACCUAACAUGUUCGAUCCAAUGAAUCUAAUCCACAUCGUACUCUUAAAUUACCCACAGAAUAUGUCAUAUUUUUAUUUAAAUGCUUUAACCAGGCAAGUCAGUUAAGAACAAAUUCUUAUUUACAAUGACGGCCUACCCCAGCGAUGCUGGGCCAAUUGUGCGUCGCCCUAUGGUACUCCCAAUCACGGCCAGUUGUAAUACAGCCUGGAAUCAAACCAAGGUCUUUAGUGACGCCUCUAGCACUGAGAUGCAGUGUCUUAGACCACUGCACCAAUUUGGAGCACUAUAUAUAAUGUGAUAAUAUGUGAUAAUAUCAAUGUCCCAGACAGGCAACAGGCAAUCUUAAAUAUUUCCUCAAUUGCUUUUUGCACUGAAAAUCUCCCUGAAACAUGCUUGAAAUAUUUUAAUUGGUUCCUAGCUACACUCACCAGACAGUUUAUUAGGUACACCUAUCUAGCACCAGUUCAGACCCCCCUUUUCCUCCAGAACUGACUAAAUUCUUGGGUCAUUCUACAAGGUGUCAGAAAUGUUCAAAAGGAGAUUGGUCCAUGCUGACACGAUGGCAUCACGCAGCUGCUGCAGAUUGGACGGCGGUACAGCCUGUUCCUUCUCACCCCAAAUGUGUUCUAUUUGGUUGAUGUCUGGGGACUGCGCAGGCCACUCAAGUACAACUCACUGUCAUGUUCCAGGCAAUGUUUUUCCACUCCUCAGUUGUCCAGAGUUGGUGAUUGCGUGAUCACUGGAGCCGCUUCUUCUUGUUUUUAGCUGAUAGGAGUGGAACACUUGGUGGUCGUCUGCUGCAACAGCCCAUCCGUGACAAGAAGUUGUCCGUUCCGAGAUGCCGUUCUGCACACCACUGUUGUUGUCUGUUUUUCGGCCCACCUGUUAGUUUGCAUGAUUCUUGCCAUUUUCCUUCGAGCUCUCAUCAACGAGCUGUUUUUGCCCACAGAACUAUCGCUGACUGGAUGUUUUUUUUAUUUGUAGCACCAUUCUCAGUAAACCCUAGACACUGUCAUGCCUGAAAAGCCCAGGACGGCAGCCGUUUCUAAUAUAUUGUUUCUGGCAUGUUGAUCAUAUCACGCACAAAGUUGCUUAGGUCACUCGUUCUGCCCAUUCUAACGUUCAGUCGAACAGUAACUGAAUGCCUUGGUGCCUGUGUGCCUGAUUUAUAUAGUAAGCCAUUGCCACAUGAUUCACUGUCUAUAGGAGCAAUCCAUUUUGUACCUAAUAAACUGUCCAGUUAGUGUAUAUUGUUGACCCUUAAUUUCUUAGUUGUUUUUUUCAAAGAAAAAAAAACUAUAGUGGUGUGUGAGGGCAUCCUAUAGUGAUAGGGCUGUGUCCCAAAUGGCACCAUAUUCCCUAUUAAAUGCCCUGCUUUUGACCAGGGCCAUAGGGCUCUGGUCUAAAGCAGUGCACUAUAGGGUGCCAUUUGGUCCAACACCACUGUGUUGGAGAGGUGGAGGGAAGUGCUGGGUUUGGGCUCUUGUGUAGAUUACUGCCAUUGCAGUGAGGGAAAAAUGUACCUAACAUAGUAGUAACUAAUAAUAUGAGUUUGUGGACAGAUUUAAAAAGCAACAUUAGAGAUGAAUAAACGCAAAGAAAAACAA